AUGAAGCCCUGCCGUGCACAUCGUUGUUCUUCAGAGAGUACUGCACGGGGGGUGCCCAGCCCGAUCAGUGUGACUGAACCGCCUUUAGAGUGUUUUUCUGCUGACUUUGGCCCACUCCCCCGCUUUGAUAGAGGGCAGGAAUCCUUUGCAGCCCGGCGCUGCGGAAGCAGGCUUCGCCGUUUCUGGCUGAGGUCGUCUUCGCGUAUCAGGCAAUUCCUGAGGACUGCAGCACACGAUUUGGUUGGUGGAGAAACGGAUUUCGCGGAGAUCUACAAAAAGUCAUUCUCGAUUGCAGAAUGUGAUCGCCAAUAUGCCAAAUGGAGCUCUGCGGUAAUUAAGGACCACUGUCGGUUGAAGAGUUUUGGCUUCGGCGUCGAUGUGACUUCCCCGAUAAGGUUUUUUCAUCUGCGGUUCGAAGACCCCCAGGCGGAGAAGGAAUACGCUCUGGUUUGCAAUCACCUAUGUAUAGUUCGGUUCGUUUUCCAGUUGCUGAUCCACCACGCAGUUAUCAUGCCCAUUCUCCAUGGGGUGUUCUCAUUCACGGGCACUCACCAAGAUUUCCGCGCCUACUUCCCGCCACUGGAAACUUUCUUUUAUGUGUACUUCGCCCUCAGUGUAGGCUUAGGGUUGUCUUUGGCUUUUCUGCUCGUAUUCGCGGGCAUUUUGGGUCCCUUUGGUAGUUGGGUGAGGCGGCGAGCCCUGACAAUCUCGUACGUCUAUACUUUCGUGAUGGUAACAGGGUAUUGUAUGCCCUUUGCCAGUCUGGGACGGUCGUUCCCAACUCCGAGGAAGGCGGUUAGGUUAGCCACUGAAGAACAUCCGGCUGAGGGGCAAGCCACAGAACCGCUUAAUGUCCAUCUGGUAAACGCUCUUCUGGGAACGGAACGCAUCUUCGUGGACACCACCUUGUUCUCUGUCUACCUCUUCUUCUCGUCGAUUCUAUGGCUGGAUCUUUUGGCCCCUUCGCUCGUCCGGCUUACUGCCUUCCUCCACAUCUGGAUCCCCUCUGCGUUUGCAUCCCUCUUCGUCAUCGCGUAUUUAUACUCCCACUAUAUCAACUCAUCCACCUUGGUCACUGCCAUAUGCCUCUUGUAUUCUCUAUCCCUAUGGAGCUACGCCGGACGUUAUGCAACAGAGCUGCAACAUCGAUUAGUUUUCUUGAACUGGAGGAAUUCGCGGGAGCGGCUUUGGAAGCUCAUCGAAGAGUCGCCGCAGCCUCCAAACAAUUUAACUGCAGUAGACGGAAUGAUGGCUGAUUUGCAUCAGAUGGAUCGAAUGAUCAAGCAGUUGAUGAUGCGGGGGGGAGUAGAGGGAGCCGAAGGUCAGCUCGAGAAAAUGGGGAUCCUUGUGAACGAGCUCGAAGAUACUUUACGGAGAAACAACGACAUUUAUUCCGUAGAGCUCCAAGGGGGAGACCCUUUCAGCCGUAACUUCAUGGAACUACACAUGAGACUGGCUCCCAUACGGCUACAACGCGGAAACCGUGGAGGCUCCAGUGAUCGAGAACGUAUGACUUCCGCCGACCAAAAACCCGAGUUCUUGAGCAACUCAGGUGGGCUACAGCGCAAGGGGCUACGAAGCAAUCUUUCGGGGUCCCCCGAUGGAUGUGAAACUAAUUCAGAGAUGUCCCGAAUUGAUCGAAUUCUCCAUACAGUAGUUGCAGAGGAGACCGGCCACGCUUUGCCGUUAACUGGAUUUGUACUCUUAAGCGGAGUGGUCUCGGAAUGGGGAUGUCAGCCCAGCAGGCUGACAAACUUCUUGAUGUCAUGCGAAUCUCAGCAUCAGGAGAACCCAUAUCACAACCAGCGUCAUGCAGCGAUGGUGGUUGCCCAUGCAACAGCAUGGUUGGCGAACACAGUGGGAGCUCUUGAAAGCGAGACGGACCUCUCGUGUGGUGCUGUGGUACGUGCAGGUGCGACAGCGUGGAAAAAGCAACGCUUUAUGUCGCCGCCCUUUGUCAUGAUCUGGGGCACCCCGGGAGAACAAAUCAAUUUUUCGUGUCGUCACAUGAUCCGCUGGCUAUUGUUUACAAUGACAUCUCGUGUCUGGAAAACCUACACUGCUGCCUGUGCUUCCGCACCCUUCAACGAAGAAAACAAUGUUUUCUACUAUCUGGAUAACGAACACUUUCGAUUCGUUCGCUCAAAGCUCAUUGAAACGAUUUUGGCGACCGACAUGAAGCAGCACUUCGAGACGAUAAGCCGAUUGCGGCUUCGUACAUCAGCAGACGAUUUCGACGUGGUGAAUCGCGUUGAUGAUCGGUGGGCAAUGUUGAAGAUGUCUGUGAAAAUGGCAGAUAUCAGUCAUGUAGCUCUUCCUUGGGACAUGCAUUUCCGCUUGUCGUGCGACAUCGUGGAGGAGUUCUACCAGCAAGGAGAUGAGGAGCUACGGAGAGGGAUGCCGCUGUCGCAGCUGUGCGAUCGCUUAAAGCAUAAUGAGAUGCCGAAAGCUCAAGAAGGGUUCAUCGAGUACUUAGCCAAGCCAUUGGUCAGCGUGCUCAUAGAGGGAGACUCCUCUGGCAUAAUAAAGACUAAGGUCAGCGAGCAGAUGGAGCGAAAUCUUCUGCGCUGGAAGCAAAUGGAUGCGGACCAGGUUGCUAUGCCGCUAGGAUCUAUGUGCCCUCGCACUCAAGCGCGAACGUUUACCACUGCAGCUGUUCGGAGACUUGCCGGCAUCGAGAGUGUUCAAGCUGGCCCAAAUCUACCGCACAGCGUUACCAAAAGGCCGGAACCAACGGGAAGGCAAGGCGGAAAGAAUAUUUUUGAAGUUGAAAGAGGAGUUCCUCAUACUAUACGGAGUUCGAUCUGUGCCACAGAGAACAGAGAUCCGCAUCGAAGCCGCCUCCCAUGGGGAUCCGACUUUUUAGUAGAGGGCCUGACAUCGGGAAAGAAGUGGACGAGUGCUGCUGCUGAACGGGCGGCUGCGCCACUCGGUGCUCCGGCGGAGGUCGUCGCUGAAGAGCCCCACCAUUCUCAAAGUGACAGAACCCGCAACCCAGAUACAUUGAAUUGGGGAUCGUUGCCACUGGGCGCAACACACAAGGAAGCUGGACCCAUUCUGUUCACUCAAGAUGCCGAAACGAGCGAAACAAUGUCGCGCGAGGCGUGUCGCAGGAUGCUAUGGCGAAUUAAUUCUUCAUCCGAAUCUUCCCAUGGAUCCGACGGCAACACUCCGUGA